AUGGACUCAAAUGAUUCAACACUUCAAACUUUAGCAUUUAGCUUGAUCUGCCAUUUGGUCAAAAGAGUCAGCAUCCAAGAUAAUGACGGAGUUUUGCUCCUGGAGCAGAGUUUUUUGGUGUUACCCAUACUCAUUCCGAAGUUGGCUGACCCUAAACAAAAUGUUAAGAUCGCCGCUGGAAGAGCCUUGGAAGCUUAUUGGCUUUCUGCUUCUUCCAAGGUUGAUUCUGGUCUUAUUGAUUUUGGCUUGUCCAAUAGAAAUCCAUUGGUUGUAAAUGAAUGCAUAGUGUGGAUCAAUCAUAUUCUUACAACCAUCAAUCCCUACUUGAAACUCGAUACAUUUUUCGAUGUGCUUGCAUCCACCCUCAAAAAAUAUGAAUCUCAACAAACCAUUGUGGAGAAUAUCAAAACAUUGUUCGCAAACUACUAUGAUUUAAAACAUAAUAAUCUUCGCAAAUUCGAGUUACAGCGUGUUUUGGAAACACACAAUGUGAACACUGCUCUACGAAGAUCUAUAAUGGGAACCGAUGACAUAAUUUCCCGUGAGGUAGACCCUAAACCUCCUGUGAAGAAGAACGUCCAAUCAGGAGCCCUCGAAGAGCCAGAGAGGCCUCGGCUGGUCGUUCAUCUCCUGAAUAAACGGUCGUCGCCAAGCGUACAACAUAGUGUCCCUUUACAACAAUUUGCACAAGAAGAUGAGACCAUAGCGGUGCCCCUUGAUUCGAAAUCAUCUCAGCUUGAGAACUUACUCUCUCGUCUCCCAAAUUAUGCAUUCGACAAUGGUAUUGCUGUUGUGAACGUGAGCGAUCAAAAUCAGAUUUACAAGAUAGUCACGGAAAUGCUUCCCAAUUUUGAAAACAAAGAGUCAGAAAAGAAUUGGUUGCCCCGUGAGAAGAGCAUUCUAAAGUUGCGUUCUCUUCUUAGGGGAAACGCGCCUAACGAUUACCCCCAAGUUAUGAUUACAGCAAUUAAGGAAAUUGCAGAAGGAAUAUGUAAGGGCCUAUUAUCUCUACGAACAACUCUAAACGUGAAUUCUUGUCAACUUGUUAAGGACAUGACUUUUAUUUUCGGCGAUGACUUUGAUCCCUUGGCCGAAGUUUUCUUUCCUACAUUAAUGAGGUUAUGUUCUGCAACAAAACAUUUGACUACUACGAAUGCACAUGUGGUUGUUUGUGCAAUUCUUUCAAACUGUGCUUUCCACCCUAGACUAAUGCAUAAGAUUGUGGUCGCCUCGUCCGAUAAGAGCGCUACGACCAGGUCCUACUCUGCUUUUUGGAUGCAGAUCAUGAUACUAAGGUUUUCGGACACGGAACAACAGAAAGUAGUAGUGGAUGUGGCUGAGAAAGUUUUACCGAAACUAUUAUCUGACCCUAGCUCUCAAGUGCGUCAAGCGGCAAAGGAGGCUUACAAGAAAUACAAUGAAUUUCUUCCCCAGCAUGCAAAUGAAUUGUUGAAAGGUCUCGAUGCCAAUGUUUUGCGAGCAUUGGAAAGAUCAUUACCAGAGUCUCUUGGGAGCACAAAACCGUCUCUUCUUUUGUCAAAGAGAAAACCGUCGUUGAAGGAAUCCAUUAUAGCCAAAAAUAAAGAAUUGAAGAAUAAGCGAACGGAAUCGAGGUCCAGCUCCAGAAAUUUACCUCGUCGUCCAACAGAUAACGGUGUGGAUGGUCCAGAUAAUUUACAACCUGAACAUGCAACAAGCACUACGCAUAAGCAAACGAGAAUUUCCAGUCAUCCCAGUUUGUCUCUUCUGUCUGACGCUCCCGCUAUUCCUCAUUAUGCACAAUCCACAUUUUCUCAGCGGUUUUCAAGCAAUCCUGUCCAGAGAACUACAAAACAUACUGCGGAUCAUGCAAAGGAUCUAAUUUCGAAGACUAAAUCAUCUCCUGAAGCCGCCCAUAGAUUGUUGUCAAAUCGCGUAAUUGAGAGGCACGUUCCGUUCAACAAGAAAACAGACCCUCUCAUCAAGUUUCUUUCUUCCAAUCAAGAUGAGUUCAUCCUGGAGGGUGUUAACUUAUUACGGUACGCAAUAAUCGGCGAUGAAGAUUUGACAGAGGAUGUUUUGAAUGCUAUUAGACGAAUUUCCAUUACAAAUCCCCAAUUGUUGCGUCCCUUGUUUUCAGAGGGCGACAAUCUUCUUAACAAAACUAAAAGUAUCUUCUCCUCGGAGGACUUCAUGAGACUAUGUGCAAUCUUACUAUCUCUGACCGAAAGAGUUGUGAAUACGAUCAUCUCUGUAAUGGACGUCGAUGUCCUCUAUGCGACCGUUUCAACACUAGUGUCAUAUAUAACAGAUCUUGAUAAUAUUGUGGACGACAAACUUUUGGUCAUGCAGGUGAUUAAGUUCAAGAAUAAAAUACUCGACAUGUUAUUGAACUUUUUACUUCAAGCAUCAGCGAAGAUUCCUAUAAGUGAUGUCAACUUUGCUAAGUUGACUGCAAACUUGUUCGAUUUGGUCCCCAUUGUGCAUUCAACAUCAAGCUAUGAUGUAUACAAAGCUUUAUUGAAAAGGCUUUAUAGUAUCAAUUCCGUUUUGUUUACGACGCAGUUAUCCACAGCAAGCAAAGUUAGUAAGAGUGAGAUUGAGCAAUUCGUGGGUAUUGAUAAUAUUCUCUAUUUCAAUGGCAAGGAUACCACAUUGUUCAAUGCGGUUAGUGAAUUGACAGAGAUUGCUCCUGGGCAUCCAAAUCUCAAAAUGUCACCACUUAAAAAUCCGUCAGACUUUACUAUGCUCAUGCCUGUUCGUUCUGAGUCGGAUGGGGCAAUUUUAAUACAGGAUGCAGAGAUGGAAAAAUAUGGACAGCGAUUCAAAGCGGAAGAUAAUGACUCAAUUGCAACUAACUCUCCUGGCAUAGUUAAGGAGGAACCACCGUGGAAUGAGAAGGAUGUCUUUAUGGAAGAUUCGGAACCUGGGCUAUUGAUGGAAACUCAAAAAAAUGUAUCCAACUCUGGAUCAAAGCAUGAACCAUUGGCUAUACACGAUUUAGCUCAAAGAAAUUCCAUUCACAUGGAGGAAUGGAAGCAUAACAAAAAAGACUAUUCACAAGAGACAACUGAGAAGGAAAAUACUACGAAGUCACUGUCUUCGCUUUCAUCAAAUGAGUUGGCGGAUGAUUUUGCACAAGUAAAACUCACAAAUCCUACAAACACCAUCCAAACGUUCAUUGAAAAGGUUGAUCCUCUCAGCAAACUUUCAAGUAAGAAUAAGCCUAUAUUCAUUUUUGAAGAUUGCAAAAUGGGAUCUCCCGAGAAGGCGAAGGAGUACAGCUACUCAGAACUUAAUUGGUUCAAUUUUCUGGUGGCAAAAUUGUCUUUGGAAAGCCACUUUAGUGAAGGCAAUGAUCAAAGCAUUGAAGAAUUCAAAAUGUUAUGCAAAGAAUUGGAUAAGUCAACAGUUAAUACUAACCAGUUGACCAAGCUACUCAUGUUUAUCCAAGGAAACCAAAGUGCUGAAUUUUCUGAAUUUUACGACAACGAAGGCUAUCAACUUCUAGAACGGUCAUUAUGGGCAUCAUUUCAGUCGACCACGUUUGAGAAUCAGAUGAAUCUGUUAUUGGUUUUAAAGCAAAUCUUUAUAAGUCGAAAGCGAGUUGAUUUGGGCCAAUUAUGGCAAAUGCUCCUUUUAAUAUCUAGUAAGGGAGACACUGAUCCCCUCCUCGAAAUGAUGGUUGCUAUUGGGGAAGUUUUUGAUGAAGCAUUACGAAGCAGUUUUUCCAGCGGAGAACUAACGACCAUUGUUCUCGAUACCUUGAGAGAUUCGAAGAAUGUUUCGCAGAAAUCGACGUUGUUUGCGCUAGAAUGUUUGCUUAAGUUAAUGUCUGUUGGAACACUUACACUCAAAAUCAACAAAGAUUUGGUGACGAAGCUCCGUGAUAUUCUCAAUCCGUUCAUUAAUCAUCAUGACACAGAAAUGCGAAAGCUUGCAUUCCAAAUCUAUGGGAGGAUCAUGCGGGCCGUUUCGGGUUAG